UGUCACGACAGUCACCUGACUCAAACAACUCAUGUUCUCUUAUGUGCUAGCCGUAAAUAUUGGAGUUUACAUUAAAAAUAACGAACUAAAAACCUUUAAAAGAGUUAUAUGUUCUACCAGAGGGUAUGCGUGGUUGUCAUCUUAUCUGGCGAGGAUUUGUGGCGAACGCAACUACUUAGCUAGCUAGAUUAAUUGCUCUUCAGUUGUUCCUCCUGGAUUGUGAUUGGAGAAAACAGGGAUAACAAUGCCUCAGUCGGCGGCUACCUCGAUCAGUGGGAUCCAGAAGAUGGUUCUGUAUGAAACCAGAGCCAGGUAUUUUUUGGUAGGGACCAAUCAGGCCCAGACCAAACAUAGAGUCCUGAAGAUUGACCGCACAGAACCCAAGGACCUGGUCCUAAUUGAUGAUAAGCAUGUGUACAGCCAGCAAGAGGUUCGGGAGUUGCUUGGCCGCCUGGACCUGGGCAACCGCACCAAGAUCGGCCAAAAGGGGUCCUCGGGCCUGUCCAGAGCUGUCUCAGCCUUUGGGAUUGUGGGGUUUGUACGUUUCCUCGAGGGCUACUACAUUGUGUUGAUCACCAAGCGCAGAAAGAUGGCGGACAUCGGCGGCCACUCCAUCUACAAAAUUGAAGACACCAGCAUGAUCUACAUCCCCAAUGACUCGGUCAGGGUUUCACACCCUGAUGAAGCAAGAUAUGUGCGGAUCUUUCAGAACGUAGAUUUAUCCAGCAACUUCUACUUCAGCUACAGCUAUGACCUGAGCCAUUCGCUGCAGUACAACCUGACUCUGCUGCAGAGGCCUUAUGAACUGUGGACGUCACCAACUCUCCCCGCUGAGGAAGAGGUUCAGACCCAGAGCAAGAACGACGGCUUUGACAUAUUUGAAGAUGAGGGUCUGCCUACUCAAGUGGUGUAUGGCCUCCAGAACGAGCCGUACUACAAGUACGUCUGGAAUGGAAAGCUGCUGGAACAUGUCAAGGACAUCGUGCAUCAUGACUGGCUCAUGUAUAUUAUCCACGGCUUUUGUGGCCAGUCCAAGCUUCUGAUAUAUGGCCGACCGGUUCACAUCACCCUCAUUGCCAGGCGUUCCAGUAAAUUUGCCGGGACCCGCUUCCUCAAAAGAGGAGCCAACUGCGAGGGGGAUGUGGCAAACGAAGUUGAGACAGAGCAGAUCGUCAAUGACGCGGCGGUUAUGUCUUUCACCGCAGGAAGUUACUCCUCCUAUGUCCAGGUGCGAGGUUCCGUCCCGCUCUACUGGUCACAGGACAUUUCCACCAUGAUGCCAAAACCCCCAAUACGAUUGGACCAAGCCGACCCAUACGCCCAUGUAGCUGCCCUCCAUUUUGACCAGAUGCUGCAGCGGUUUGGCUCUCCUAUCAUCAUCCUCAACCUGGUCAAGAAACGGGAAAAAAGGAGACAUGAGAGGAUCCUGAGUGAAGAGCUGUACCCAGCUGUGAUCAACCUAAAUCAGUUUCUCCCUCCAGAAAACUGCAUCGACUACAUCGCCUGGGACAUGGCCCGCUACACCAAGAGUAAGUUGUGCAAUGUUCUGGACCGUCUGAGUAUGAUAGCCGAGAACGUGGUGAAGCGAACCGGUUUCUACAUCAACCGCUCCGACUUCUACUGUCACACCGUCAGACCCGAUGACAGGUGGGGAGAUUUAGGUGGACAUAUCACAGCCAGUGGACGGGUGCAGACCGGCGUGUUGAGGACCAACUGUGUGGACUGUCUGGAUCGGACCAACACCGCUCAGUUCAUGGUGGGGAAGUGUGCGCUGGCCUAUCAGCUUUUUGCACUGGGAAUGAUCGACAAACCCAGACUCCAGUUUGAUACGGACUGUGUGAGGUUGUUUGAGGAGCUGUAUGAGGACCAUGGAGACACGUUGUCACUGCAGUACGGUGGCUCCCAGCUGGUCCACAGGGUCAAGACCUACCGCAAGAUCGCUCCCUGGACACAACACUCCAAAGACAUCAUGCAGACCCUGUCGCGCUACUACAGCAACGCUUUCUCAGAUGCUGACAGACAGGAUGCCAUCAACCUGUUUCUCCAAGUCUACCAGCCAUCAGAGUCCAAGCCUCACCUGUGGGAGCUGCCCACCGACUUCUACCUGCAUCAUAAGAACACCAUGGCCCUCCCCCAAGACAGACGCAGCUACACACUGUGGUGGACUGCAGGGAUCUUGUCCUACCUUCCUGUGCCCUAUGAUGAAGUCCCCUGUGAGGACAACAUGAAGAAGGUAAAAGUGAAGAGAGUGAACCGCUUUGAGGAGAGCAUAGACAUCUACACAGAGUUCUUCAGACCCUAUGAACUGACCUCCUUUGAUGACACAUUCUGCAUCGCCAUGACCAACUCUGCAAGGGAAUUUAUGCCCAAAACCGUUGGAGUUGAUCCAAGCCCCUUCACAGUUCGCAAGCCGGAGGAAACGGGAAAGUCAGUGCUGGGCAACAAGAGCAGUAAGGAGGAGACGCUGCUACAGAGGAAGACUGCAGCCAGCGCUCCUCCCCCCCCGAGUGAGGAGGCCAUCAGCAGUACCUCAGAGGACGACUCCGAGGACGACCGCGACGACGACGGGUCCGUGUCUCAGCGCUCGACCCCCAUCAAGCUACUCACAGAAUCAGGAGAGAGCACUCGCACACAGGAGGAGAUGCUGCAGCAGUCAGCUAAGGAGCCAUAUGGACUCAAUCUUUCUGGGUUUCCUGCUGAAAAAGACCUGCUCAUUUACGAAAGGUUUGCACAUCUGGGCGAGAGCCAGCACAGGGUGGAGAGAACGGAACACAUAAACUCAGCAAACAUCAUCAGCUUAGAGCCGGUGUCCUGCUUCCCGGAGGACAGCAUCUACAGCGUGUCCCCCCCCCAGGUGGUCAGGGACAGCCGCGAUGAGUUUGAGAGCCAUGUGAUGACGGGGGAGGGCCAGGUGAGGGUGCUGUGCAGGGAGGACAUGAUGAUGUACAGGGAGUACGUCAAGAACAGAUACAUGUGAGACACGGACACUAUGCAGAUCAUCAAGCAGGGAGUAGACUGUCCAUAGUGAAGACAAUGGUGCAUGUACAGCCUAGGUGUCAUGUACAAGUACUAAACCAUGCAGGUUUAUUUGUAUUUGUAAUCUAAGUAAUGUGUUUUCAUAGCUUCAAACAUGAUGUGCCUCAACAAGCUGCCUACAGUAUGUGGUGCUUUCUUUUUGUUCUGUGUGUCAUUUUCCUUUAUUUACAUUUUAGUUACAAUUCUUUUUUUAAAUUCUAUUCAAUUAUAUGUAUAUUUUGAACAUGUCAAAAUAAUUAGAAUUGUUUGUUUUUUCAGUAUUAUGAUUUUUUUUAAUGCUGGAUCCAUCCCUUCAUAUUAUAAUGCUUUAAAUUCCACCUCAGAGAUGUUUUUUUUAUUAAUUCUGUUAAAACAUAGCGCCAUGCCUGGGAUGUAUUUUGUUGUUGUUGUUUUAACCUCUCAAAAACGAUGUGGAUCAACAAAUGUCAUUAUGUAAGUCAUACAUGUAAUGUAAAUGUGUAUCCAGGUCAUUUGCCUUUUUCUUUUGUCUGCCUUUUAUAUUGUGCGUUUUAUCCAACCUCGUCCUUAGUUUACAAAAGCGCACACUGAUUUAGUUUUGUCUAAAUGCAUUUUGACAUGUCAGAUGAUAUUGUGUACAGUAGUUCUAAAUUAAACAUUUAUUUCUUAACAACA